AGCCAUUUACCACAGCAAUGUCAGCCCAAUCCGAGGCUGGGGAAAUGCACAUUGCACGCUCCUUGUGUAGACCCAUCGCAGCACAGAAAAUAACGGAGCGAGUACUACGGAGCGAUGGCACCGCCGACUGAUGCGUCUCCAGCACAGCCUCACGGAUCCCAGGAAAAACCGCUCUUGGGAAUUUAAAGAAACAUUGAUUUUGCAUUUUCGAAUGCAUCGCAUCAAAACGUGAUUGAAGCUGGUUUAUCUGAUGAUGGUUUUCUAGAACAGACUGUUCAGGUUUGGCCAUUGCAACGCAGACUGAAGGUCCGAUCCAUCACCGAUGCGUUAAUCUCAAGUAGUCCGUCACCGUGGUGCUUAAAUGACCUUCUAGACACCGGAAUACGAACAUCUGUGGCUCGCGGGAUCCAGCUGCACCAACUCGAUAGUAUUCCAGCAUCCUUCCGCCAGUGUGCAUCCUCAUCCUCAUCAUCAUCGCGCCCUGCAGCUCCAUCGCAAGAGGGAGGAUCCGCAGAGGAGCUCUCCGGGCAACACUACACACACAUUCAGAGGAUGCUUUGGAUGUAAAAUAAAUAACGAUGGGGAAAGAUCAGGAAUUACUGCAAGCGGUGAAGACUGAGGACCUAAUGACGGUGCAGAAGCUCCUGCAGAGGCCCAAACCUGGGAAAGCAAAGUUGCUGGGCUCUGCCAAGAAGGUCAACGUCAACUUCCAGGACACUGAUGGAUUUUCACCACUGCACCAUGCAGCUCUCACUGGAAAUGUGGAGGUUAUAUCACUGCUGCUGGAGUCUCAGGCCAUAGUGGACAUCAGGGACCAGAAAGGGAUGCGGCCUCUGCAUUAUGCAGCGUGGCAGGGAAAGUCGGAGCCCAUGAAGUUGCUACUGAAGUCAGGCUCCUCAGUGAACAGUCAGUCUGAUGAGGGUCAGAUCCCCCUGCACCUGGCUGCUCAGCACGGACACUAUGACGUAUCUGAGAUGCUUCUGCAGCACCAGUCAAACCCCUGCAUAGUGGACAAUGCUGGGAAGACCCCGCUGGACCUGGCUUGUGAAUUCGGCCGGGUUGGGGUGGUCCAGCUGCUACUGAGCAGUAACAUGUGUGCAGCUUUGUUGGAGCCCAAGCCCGGAGACUCGACUGAUCCCAACGGCACCAGCCCGCUGCAUCUCGCUGCCAAGAACGGACACAUCGACAUCAUCAGAUUGCUGAUCCAGGCCGGUAUCGACAUCAACAGGCAGACCAAAGCGGGCACUGCCCUGCAUGAGGCUGCGCUGUGUGGGAAGACUGAUGUGGUGCGCCUCCUGCUGGAUAGUGGCAUCAAUGCAACAGUGAGGAACACAUACAGCCAGACAGCAUUAGACAUCGUCUAUCAGUUCACUGCUACACAGGCCAGCCGAGAGAUCAAGCAGAUGCUGCGAGGUAAGAAAAAGGAUGCCUCAGCAGCCUUGCAGGUCAGGGCACUGAAGGACUACUGUAACAAUUACGACCUGACUAGCCUUAAUAUAAAGGCUGGAGAUGUUAUCACGGUUCUGGAGCAACAUUCAGAUGGGAGGUGGAAGGGCUGCAUCCAUGAUAACCGCACAGGAAAUGACAGAGUGGGCUACUUCCCCUCCAGCUUGGUGGAAGUGAUCAGUAAGAGGCCUGGGGCUGCGGGUAAGAGAGGACAACAGGCGGGUUCAUGGAGUACAGUCACUUGUACCCAACAGUAUCAAAAGAUACAGCUCUGUGCGCCGGUGUGCGGCCCUGUGUUGCCCGCCGUUGCCAUGGUGAAUGGGGACUCGUAUCAUGAGAUUCAUAUCCUGCCGCCUCCUCCACCUCCGCCACCACAUUCCCAUCUGCCACUUUUCACUUCCUUUGGCUAUAACAGGUCCCCAAACACCUCAGGAGAGCCGCACAGUGGACAAGAGUCCAAGAAUGACCAAGAUUUGGCUAGUUCUCGCGGCUCAGAGUCCAGUCCACAUGGCUCACCCACCCCAGCCGGUGGUCCCCAGGGCGGCAGCAGCGAGGAGAUCUGGGUGCUGCGCAAGCCUGUGGCAGGUGGAGACCGCAGUAGUGUGGGCAGUUCAGGCAGUGUGGCCAGUGCCCGAUCCUCUGGUAGUGGACAGAGCGCAGGCAGCAGCAGUAUCCUUCAUGCACAGGCAGAGGGAGUCAAGCUUCUGGCCACGGUUUUGUCCCAGUCUGCCAAAGCUAAAGAACACCUGCUGGAGCAGACCAAGUCUUUGGAACACCCCUCUCACGCUUCCAGCAACAAGGGACCCUCCUCACGCAGUCAGAGUUUGUCAAGCUGUCCACUUCACGAGCAGCCGUAUGGGGAGGCGGUGUCCCAGAGGAAAGGGGAGGCGCUGCCCGAGGGGAAGGUAAGGAGACUCCUACUCCCGCUCAAAUCACACUGUCCCCUUACCUUUCCCUCAAUCAAGCAAACACUUUCUCACGCACACAUACGCAUGCAUGCGCUGGCAUCUGCGCAUCCAGGAUGCUUUCCCAGCAUUUCCUCUCACAGCUGGCAUCAUCGGUAUUACGUGCUCUCGGUUGUCGCCAGGACAUGGGGCUCCUAUAUUUAUUUUCAGGAUUUAACAGCUAUUGGAGUUACCAAACCAGGACAUCGAAAGAAGAUAACCUCAGAGAUCAAUAAGAUCACUGUUAAUGAGUGGCUGCCUGACCAAAAACCGGCGAGUCUUGGAGAGUGGUUAUCUAUGAUUGGGUUGAGUCAAUAUCACCAAGUCUUAGUCCAAAAUGGAUACGAGAACAUUGACUUUAUCACUGACAUCACGUGGGAGGACCUUCAGGAGAUUGGCAUUACAAAACUUGGACACCAGAAGAAGCUUAUGCUUGCAGUGAAGAAGCUGGCAGAGAUCCAGAAGGCCUCUGACGGUCGCAACACAUUACGUAAAAAGCCCCCAGUCACUCAGGAAGUGAUGGCUAUUGAAAGCCCACCCCAUGACAGCGGAGAGUGUAUGUCCCCUAAAAUGAGUACUUUCCAGGACAGUGAACUGAGCGGGGAGUUACAGGCUGCUCUUACACGCCCUGCUGAUGUGCAGGAUGGCGCAGAAAUGAGAACCAACAGCAACCUGGGAGCACAACACAGAGCCCGCAGUCUGCAUGAGAACAGUAUGAACAAGAGCCGAGACACAGAAGAGCCUAGUGGGCCACCCAAAAAGGAGGCACGUACUAUGCGCCAGAGCAGCCAGGGGGGGCAGAGAAGUGUCUCAUCGACACACCCAAAACCACGUCAGUCUUAUCCCCAAGGUACAGGACCGCCCUAUACUCCACCACAAACGCCCACCAAAACAAAACCUCCCACUUCACAGACAGUGAGCAACCCACCGAGUAAACAAAAACCUAGCUCUCAGCUGCAUCAGCAGACCGAAAAGACCAUGACACCUCGUGCUCACCCCCAAUCACCCACUCAAAGGUCCCAUCCACACCCAGCGGCCCAGCCUGUGGAAACUAAGGAGGCUGCACCUCAAGGACCUGCUGUCUCAGUACCACUCCUGUGCCUGCCUCCUGAAGGCGACGAAGCUUGCGAUGAAUUUGGUCUGCCUAAGAAACGUGCCCACAGCCUGAAUCGCUAUGCUGUGUCUGAUGGUGAGCAGGAGCGGGAUGAGCUAAAUGUGCCAGAUUCAGGAGUAAAAUAUGCCACAGUACAGAACCGGGUGGGUCGCAGCAAUUCAAUGAAAGGGCAAGCAGACAAAAAUGUCAACCGAAGCCAGUCCUUUGCACUCAGACAGAAGAAGAAGGGUCCUCCUCCACCUCCCCCCAAACGCUCUAGUUCAGCCAUCUCGAGCUCCAGUAGUAAUCUGACAGAAGUGCCCAGGGAGACAAGCAGUGGACCUCUUCUGGAGGUCCCCUACCAACCACAAAGACGUGCAAGUGACCUGGGUGGCACUGUAGACACAGGCAGUGCCGGCAGUGUGAGGAGCAUCGCAGCCAUGUUGGAAAUGUCCUCCAUUGGUGGGGGUGCCAAGGGUCUUGCUUUACAGAAGUCUGCAGGCCACUAUCUGCAGGUGGGUUCUGCAGGAGGAAAGCAGCGUGAUGCCAUUGGUCUGGAUGGAGAAGUAGUGAACCGUCGCAGGACUAUUAGUGGGCCAGUCACUGAGUUAGUAGCAGCUGCUAAGCGAGGACCACAGCCAGAGCCAGUCCAGGAUAGACAACGCAAUGAAACCCAGCCAAGCUCUAGUGGGAGCUCAGCAGAGAACCUUCCAUUUGCUGAGGAUGGAAACCUCACUAUCAAACAAAGACCUAGACAGGGCAAAGAUGAGACUGAGGAGGGACUAGAAAUGUUAUACUCUUUACCCCAGGAGGACCCUUCACGUGUGGAUGCCACAGCCUCGCUGAAAAGGACGGUCCAGAGCAUCAAACAGCAACCAAAUGGCACCAAGUUCCAACUCACAGAGUCAAAUACAGUUAAGCGCCGCCCCAAGAACAAAGACAAAGAUACAGAAGAACUCCAGGACGGGCAGAUGCUUGUACCAUAUGAGAAUGGGACUGGCACCAUUAAAAGGCGCCCUGUGUCAGAGGUGACUGUUUCAGAGCAGCCCAGGCCACAGGAACAUACUGAGAACUCGCCUCGUCGGGACAGUGCAGACCUGGAAGGCCAUGUGACUGAGAGUGCCCCUCGUAAGUCCGUCAAACCUCCGGUGUCCCCCAAACCUGUUCUGGCCCAGCAAAUGAAGAAACAAGGACCACCGGCUGCCAUCACCAAGAAAGCCCCAUUUCCUGGACCAACUGGGGCACCUGGCAGCCCAGGUACUACACAGUGUGGCCCUUUCACUUGCCCUGUCUUUACACAAUUAUUUGAAGGAAAGAAAGUACCUCCUCCAAUUUCACCGAAACCUACACCUCCUCCCACAGCUCCCAAACCAUCCAAAAAUGUUCUGCAGUCUUUAAAUGCGACACCUAAUCCCACUCCCACGCCCUCUCCAGCCAAGCAGACUGUCACCAAAAUGGCCAGCACAGCUUCUGCCCAGAACAACCACCCUGUCAAGGCUACAACCCCACCAGCCUUGAGUGCGCAGACCCCACACACACCCCAGUCUCCUCACACCCCACAGACACCUCAAACACCCCAAACCCCACAGACACCCCAAACUCCCCAGACAUCAGGUCCCCCAACCCCCAUCCCUACACCACCACCUGUAAAGCCCCCUCGCUCCUCAAUCAGUGGGGUGUCCAUGGACAGUUCAGCUGGAUCAGCGUUUAUCGCAGGGGUAGUGACAGUAGAUGCAGUUCACCAGAAGAUAGAGGAGACCAGUGCCUCACUGGCUGCAGCCCUGCAGGCAGUCGAAGAGAAGAUCAAAGAGGAUGGGCAAAAAGACUCAUUGGCUGAAAACAAGAGCACAGUGAGCAUCCUAGACGACAUCGGCAGCAUGUUCGAUGACCUGGCCGACCAGCUGGAUGCCAUGCUGGAGUGAAGAGCACAGCCUGUGUCUCUGUGGCACAACCUCAGGGCCCCGGGAGAGCACAAGGGCACAAUGACCAACAACAAACCCACCUAUCCCUUCCUAAUCCUCAUCCCUAGCUCCUCUCUCCUCUUCCCACCCCCCACCCCCCCUUCCCCGUCGCCAUGAAACGUCUAUCUCUCCUCUCUCCCUCCGAGUUGGUUUGCACAAACCCGAGCUGAUGUACCUCAGGACUGGGCAGAAGGCCAUCCAGGGCUUUAAACAUCAAAGACAGAGCAGAGGGUGGAGAGCAGAGGUUGGGUUUUAAUACCUAAAGCUCAACUCUCUGUCCAUGAAAUAUCUGUAUCUACCAUGAGCAAUGAGUAGUAAAAUAAUACAAAAACAAUAAUAACUGUAUAUGAAAUAAUAGUAUGGUAUGUGUAUAUUGUAAGCAUGAGGAAAGUUUGUAUGUAUAAAGAAAAAAAUCUCAUAGUGAGAGUCAUGCAUUAGUACAGUUAUAUAUAUAUAUAUAUAAAUAAAUAUAAAUAUAAAUA